GGCCCGCCUACACAACCGGCCUCCAUUUUCCUCGCGCGACAGCCGCAUCUCUUCUCGGGCUCGGUCCUGUUCGCGGAUCCACGCCAGUAUCACACUCUCCGGUACCCGCAUCUUCGUUGGCGUCACUCCCCGAGAAGCCUCAGCCACCGGCUUCCUCUCCAUCUCGCGCGAAGCCAACAGAGGGGAGGAAACCGCCUCAAUUGACGCGCCUGGUCUUUUUUCUUUUCUUGUUUCGGCAGUGCCCUAAGGGCUCUCUUUUCUCUGCGCCGGCCACUUCCCUCUCCUCUGGUCAUAUCUUCCUGAAGUCGGCCAUGCUUGGUGAGCAAUGCGAGGAUCAACACAAAUGGUUACUGCUUGUUACUUUGGCGUCCUUACGACAUGGAAUUACACUUUAUAAAGUCCCCUUGAAUUACACUAGUACAGUUAGUUGUCUUCCCUACUUUCUGUUGUUUUAGAAGGCAUGGGAUCACUCUGUUGCAGGCAAAGUUCUUUUAACGAUGUCGAUGCUGAAGAAAAUGCUCGGGCUGCAGAAAUAGAGAGACGGAUCGCCCAGGAAACAAAAGCUGAGCAACACAUACACAAACUUUUGCUUCUUGGAGCUGGAGAAUCUGGAAAAUCAACCAUUUUUAAGCAGAUAAAACUUCUUUUCCAAACUGGCUUUGAUGAGACAGAACUCAGAAGCUAUAUACCAGUUAUACAUGCCAAUGUCUAUCAGGCAAUUAAAGUACUGUAUGAUGGGUCGAAGGAGUUGGCCCAAAAUGAAACGAACCCCUCAAUUCAUGCUGUAUCUCUUGAUAAAAAGGAAAUUGGUGAAAAGCUUUCUGAAAUUGGGAGCAAGUUGGACUAUCCUGAUUUGACCAAGGAGACUGCAAAGGAGAUAGAAGCUCUAUGGAAUGAUGCUGCCAUUCAGGAAACUUAUUCUCGUGGAAAUAUUCUACAAAUACCGGACUGUACUCUUUAUUUCAUGGACAAUUUGGGAAGAUUGUCUGAAAUGGAUUAUGUUCCAACUAAGGAGGAUGUUCUUUAUGCCAGAGUGCGGACAACUGGUAUUGCUGACAUCCAGUUCAGCCCUGUUGGAGAAAGUAAAAAAAGUGGGGAAGUUUAUAGGCUUUUUGAUGUCGGAGGCCAGAGAAACGAGCGGAGGAAGUGGAUUCAUCUGUUUGAAGGUGUUACUGCAGUAAUCUUUUGUGCUGCAAUAAGCGAGUAUGAUCAGACACUCUUUGAGGAUGAAACAAAGAACAGGAUGAUGGAGACAAAAGAGCUUUUUGACUGGGUUCUCAAGCAAGCUUGUUUCGAGAAAACAUCAUUCAUGUUGUUCCUAAAUAAAUUUGAUAUAUUUGAAAGAAAGGUGCAAAAGGUCCCCUUAAAUGUAUGUGAGUGGUUUAAAGAUUAUCAGCCCAUGACAUCAGGAGGGAAGCAAGAGGUUGAACAUGCCUAUGAGUUCGUGAAGAAGAAAUUCGAGGAACUCUACUUUCAAAGCAUGAGACCGGAUCGAGUCGACCGAAUGUUUAAGAUCUACCGGUCGACUGCUUUGGAUCAAAAGCUUGUAAAGAAAACCUUCAAGCUUGUUGAUGAGACUUUGAGGAGGAGAAAUCUCAUAGAGGCUGGCUUGUUAUGAUCCCAAAAUCUACAACUCUUCUUUCUCUGCUCUUUUUGCAAUCCAACCCAUUUGUCAUUCUUUUUUUGCAUCCAGGUCCAUUUCUGAUUUUGUUUCUGUUUGGGAUAUUUUUGAAAAAGUUGAGGUUACAAUGCUCUCCUGGCUUUUAUAUUUCCAUAUAAAGGCAUUUAUUGUUUUUAUUUUCAA